AUGAAUAACAGGCCGCCCUUGGGAACGCUUAUCAUUGAAAAUGUCGACAGGCUUGGGCCCAAUGCGGUAGUUGGCAUCGACACCCAGUUCUUCACCGUCCAGAACUUCCUCAAGGGCAUCAAGCUCAUACCUGCAGGACACCAUCUUCUCCACUAUUCAGAUUCGGUCGAGGAUGGUGUUUCGAUGAGGUACGCGUGGUGGUUUUCUGUCCAUGACGGAGAGGCUUUGACCGUCACUUGGACCGAAGAAAAGGCCCUUUUUACCCCGCACGACCCACUGGGACUGGAUCUCGGCGACGUCUAUCAGUAUAUGGUCAGCUAUCCCGAAGACCCCGGGAAGUGGGCAAGACUUUGUCAGUAUAUCGACUCGGAGGCCCUUGAGGAAUACUUGCCGAGCCUGUCCCAGGCCAUCUCUACGGCGACGCCGCUGGCAGAGGAAAACAUGGUUCUUUUGGACGUAUUGAAAAGCAAGAAGCUGGACAUUUCAGUCAGUGACCAGUCGAACGAGGAACUCAAGUACACCAUCAUACAGCCUCAGAAGAUGAGACUCCAUGCCUUUGGCGAGCAGCUCACGCGAGACGCAUUGGACCGGUCAUGGUACCUUGCUGAGCUUUUUGGUCACGACAUCGAUCUCUUGCUUGCUGAAAUCCAGGUAUCGUUCAUUCAUUUCGUGGUGCUAUGCAACUUGUGCUCGUAUACUCAGUGGAUGAGCCUUCUAGCGUUGGCUCUGACUAGUAAAAAGUACCUCCGGUGCCACGCGGAAUUCUCUCUGCGACUACUUGACCUCUUGCAGGCGCAACUAGAAACUUUGCCUGAGAACUACGUCUUGGAAUCUCUGGGCACACACGUUGUUGAAAGGGGUGAACUACAAGCAGUUUUCAGAAACCUCAAUGACAUUUAUGAAGGCAGCACGUCGUGGCAUCAACUCGUCUCGAUUGCCCAAAGAAGGUUUGGAUUGAGCACGACCGAGACAAGCAUGCUUGACGAAAACCUGUUUGAGGUCUACGAUCUUCUGGGCCACGAUGAAGAGGACGAAGACGCACCGGCACUUGUGUUCUGA